AUGAAACUUUUAACGUUUGUUUCCUUCUUAUUUCUUUUCCAUACUGCGGCUGGGCAAUCUUGGAAGGAUAUAUUUCUCACUUCAAAAAUUACUGGAGUGAGCGCUCAAUGUGCAAGUGACACGGAAAGCUGGCAGAAAUCUUUGAAGCUGGUGGCAGAGGUGUCUGCAAAAUGUUUAAUUGAGAAGAAGUGUACAAAAGCGGAAGAAAAAAUUAUUGAAAAGAACUUUUACGCAGUUGAGCAAUACGACGCAUGGGGAAAAAUCCCCUUGACUGGACUCUUCCAAAUCUCCAUCUUAUGGGAUGGUUCAUAUCAAGAGUGUGAGAGGAUCAGUGGACAGAAAUAUGAGACAAAUUACUGCUAUAUGAUUUUGUUCCCGGGAAAAAAUGCGACAUGCCUCAUGUCGAACGGUGAACCCACUUCUUCGCUCUUUCUGCGUAGAGCUGUUUGCAUGCCGUAUUCUUGUUCUCAAGAGGAUCUUCCAGCCGUCUAUAAUCAAAUUUCUGAUCAACCAUUUACUGCUUGCGGAACGUUUUGUUCAAAGUAUCCAGUCAAAAAGACACCUGCAUUCUGGGGGUUCACAACUUUCAUGGCAGUAAUGGUGGCUAUUGUUGUGGUUACUACGUUGGCUGAUUAUCUGAAAGACACUUUGAAAAAAGAGGAUGAAGUGAGGAAAGAUGGGAAAUUGCUUCAAAUGGCUAUGGCAUUCUCGAUGUGGACAAAUGCAAGUUUACUCUUAUCCGUGAAGGAACAGAAGCCCGGAUUCAUCAAAUGUCUUGACUGCAUCAGGUUCUUGUCAAUGUUGUGGGUAGUAACGGGACACACAUUUCAGCAUUUGAUGGUGCCAGAUCAGCUCCUCGGACUCCUUCCAUUUACCGGUCGCUUCUGGAAUCAUUUGAUUAUGAGCGCCUUCUUCUCCGUCGACACUUUCUUCUUAUUAUCCGGAAUCGUCGUCGCUUAUCUUUUUUUUAAGACACGACCGAAACCAUCUCAAAUCAAGAGUCCCGUGACUUGGAUUCUUUUUUAUGUUCACAGAUACCUUCGGCUGACUCCGCCAUUUAUGAUUUUUAUUGGAUUUUUCGUAGUCUACGGGUAUUAUAUUCAAGGUCCUGGUGUAGCUUCUAUAUUAAACCAGAUGAAUCCAGAGGUCGACACUUGUAUCAAGUAUUGGUGGAAAAACGUUCUGUAUAUCAACAAUUUGGGUCCUGAUGCAAAGCAAUGCUACGCUAUCUCGUGGUAUCUUGGUGUGGAUACGCAGAUGUACCUGAUUGCUCCAAUAUUUUUGAUUGGAUUGUAUUUCUCAUUUGCUGCUGGAACCGCGUUGUUAACUGCCGCGAUUGUGGGAAGUAUCAUAACUGUGUAUAUUUUGUUUAGUGUCAAUGACUUGCCAGCCGACUUUUUUGGAAAUGGAGACAGCACAAACUUCUACGACCUUAUCUAUGACAAACCAUGGGUGCGCGGUACUCCAUAUUUAAUGGGGCUCUUCGUUGGGUACAUCAUUGCUACCUACGGAAAACGGAAGAUCCGUUUGAACUGGGCACUUUCCGUAACUGGAUGGCUCAUUGCCUUCGGAAUUGCCGUCAUGUGUCUUUUCUCUACAUACGAUUAUGAUAAGAGAAUAUAUUGGAGUGUCUUCAUUCGAGCCUCCUACUACAACUUCUCUCGGAUUGCUUGGUCCAUUGCAGUAUCAUGGGUCAUUGUUGCUAAUCAUAUGGGAUGGGGAGGUCCGAUUGACAAUUUCAUGUCCCAUCCUAUCUGGCAGCCAUUUGGAAGGCUAUCAUACUGUGCUUUCAUAGUUCAUUUGGUAGUAUUGUAUGUUUACUUGAGCAUCGGAGAUGUCAGUAUGCAUUUUUAUUCCAGCUUUCAAAUUUUUAUGUAUUACUCGGUUCCUACUACACUAUUAUCCUACAUUUUUGCAUUCUUCUGGAGUUGUUUCUUCGAAAUUCCAGUUUUAAAACUUGAAAAAAUGAUGAUCGAGGCGAUUAUUGGCGCGGGUACACAACAAUCAACUGGUAGAGUUGGGGACAGUAGAAUCGAGAACAAGUUGACGUUGAAGACAAAAAUUCCAAAAGCUAAAGAAGGAGAGUUGUGGGAUGCUGAUGUGGAAGAAGUAUCAGAGAAACCUUGGAGUACAAAUGUGGAAGAGCAGAACAGAGAAACGUUACGAGUAUAG